AUUCACUCAUGAAAAAGGGUGGGAACAUUUUUAUUAUUUGACAAACCAACACAAAAGGAAGUGAAAGGUAUAUAAGAGAGAUGCAGUCUUUCUGACCUGAGGAGUCUGGCUAUUUUUGAAAAGGAAUCCACCGCAGCCUGCGUAGAGACCUUUGAGAAUUACUCAUUUGAUAAAAAUAAUCUGCACCGAACAAAGAGUAGCUAUGGGCAAUCUAGUUCUAAAGGAUGCUGUAAGGAGAGAAUUCGAAGAUUUAAAGAGCGAUUUGAAUCAAGGCAAUAUCCCCAAAGUGGCAGCAGAAUACCAAAAACAGUUAAAUGAAAUGAUGAGUCUGCCCCUUAAUAUCGCAGUUACUGGAGAUGCCGGUGUUGGGAAAUCCUCUUUUGUCAAUGCCUUCCGAGGUGUAAGUGAUGAUGAUAAUGAAGCAGCCAAGGUUGGGCCAGGGAAAGAAACCAUGGAGCUAAAGGCCUAUCCUCACCCUUCAUUCCCUAAUAUAAAAAUAUGGGACCUCCCAGGGAUCGGAACCUAUAAGGUUAAGGCAGCGAAAUAUCUGAAGUACGUCCAAUUUGAAAGAUAUGAUGUCUUUAUUAUGGUUAUUUCUGAUCGUUUUACUGAAAACACUACUUUGCUGGCAAAGGAAAUCCAAAGAAUGAAGAAGAAGUUUUACUAUGUGUGUAGCAGAAUUGAUGUCACUAUCAACAAUGAAAAGGGGAAAAGGAAUUUCAAUUUGCAAGACACCUUGGCUGCUAUGAAGAAAUAUUGUGAAGAUAGUUUGAAAGAGGCAGUUGGGGUUUCCUCAAGUGUGUUUCUGGUAUCAAACCGGGAGGUACACAUGUAUGAUUUCCCUCUCCUGCACGAGAGAAUAGCCACUGAACUGCCUGACCACAAGAAAGAUAUUUUAACACUGGCUGUUCAGAUUUUCUCAGAAAAUGAAUUGAUGAGGAAAAAAGAGCUAAUGAAAUCUUAUAUAAAGAAGGUAGCCUUGAUAUCUUGUGCUUGUGGAGCGGUGCCUGUCCCGGGUCUCUCUAUGGCUUGUGAUGUUGGAAUUUUGAUAGAUGUUCUGAGACGUUUCUGCAGGGUGUUUGGCUUAGAUGACCAGUCCCUCCGAUUUCUGGCACUUCACACGGGAAAAGAAUUUCAAGAGCUGAGGUCGGCUAUUAAGAAAACCCCCUUAGCCAACACAAUCAAUGCAGAAUUGGUUUUUUCUCUCUUGAUGAAGUCAUCUCUCUGGGUCGCCGUAUCGAUGGUGGAAAUGGUUCUUGAUGUUAUACCUCUUAUCGGGUCUGUGUUUGGUGGUGCGAGUUCAUACGUAGUCACGUAUUAUUUUCUGAACAGCUUUCUUGAUGAUGCUGUGGAAGACGCCCAAAAUGUUAGAGCAAAACUUCUUCAGCAACCAGAAUCCCAGAGAAAGUUUAAAGACACCUCCCAAAACCUCCUCUGAAGGAAACAAUCCAGCAUUUCAUCCAAACGAAACUGGUGGGAGAAAAUAAUAAUGUUUCAAUCCCCUUUUAGGAAAGCUUGUUUUCUUGUGUUUAAGAAUUCCUUGAUUGGAGUGUGUGCUUGAUCCUCCAGGGGGCAAAGGAGUAUCUCUGUCUGCGGGUAUCUCCCUGGGAACUCAGAAAUUAAACAUUGAUCUGUAUUGCUUGAGGGUGGUUUCUUUUUCUCUUUCUCUUUCUUUUCUGUUCUAUUUGUAACAAUUCUAAAUACCAAAACAAUAAGAGAUUUUGAUGAGAAUUUGAAGCUGCCUAUUUCACAGCGGUUUUUGAAAAAUAUCAUGGAAAGAAACAAUAUGCUCUGCUUGAUAUGUCUCAUUAAUGUUAUAACCAUUAAUUCCAUAACUUCAGUUAUUAUCUGUCUAUGCACAAAUUGUUUUUGCAGUUACAUCUCUUCUUUAAAUUAAAAGAAUUUUAAAUAAAGCUUUGAA